UAAUAAGACAAAUGUAUUAAGGAAGCAUUUCUAAAAUUUCAUAAAGAAACUUAAGUUCUUUAGCAAAAAUAGGCAAAUCAAUAUUAAACGAGCCCUUAUAGGUUUCAUUAUAAAGAGACAUUGAAAACUUCACCAAAAAAAUUGAAUAAGAACGCCGAAGACUAUAUACAUUAGAUAAAACUUAUAAUAAUUAAUAAAAAGAAUUUAUAACGAUAAAAGAAAAAGUUACAGAGUUAAAAAAUUUACUAAGUUAACCUUAGUAAAAGCAAAUAGAUUAUCAUAUUAAAAAUUAUCGUGCAGAAAUAGAAUAAACAUAAAAUAGAAAUAAUAAUGUUCAAAAAAAAAACUAUAAACUAAAGGAAUAAAUAAAUACUUUAAGGAAAGAAAAAAACCUAUAUUUAGAAAUGUACAAGUAACUAUAAGAAAAACUUUAAGAAACUUCUUAAUAAACAUAGCAUGUAGUAGAAAAAAUAUAAUCACAAGAAAAUAAAAUAAAUGAGAAUAAAAAUUAAAUAAUAAUGUCAAAAUGUAAAAAUGAUUAAGUUAAAGCAUUAUGUUUAAAUUAAAUACAAUAACUCUUAAAUUAAUCAUAUUUAGAAAAAUAUAAGCAUAACUCAUAAUAAGAUUAUUAAAAAUUCAAUAAAGAAGAAAAUUUUGAAACUAUAGAUACAGAAAAUUUAUUAAAAUUAAGAAUAAAAAACUUAAUAGCUAAAAAUAAAUAAAAAAUAAUAGUAAUAGAUUAGUAUACAAAAAAUAUGAAAAUAAUCGAAUAAGCGUUCUUAGAAAUACAAAAUCAAAGCGGGACUGCAGAAUUAGAUGAAAUAACAACUACUUUUAUAAAAAGUCAAGAAUAAAGUUGCUCUUUAUAUAGAUAUGUGAACUCUUUAUAAAAAUAAAUAGAAAUUUAGGAAAAAGAAAAUGAUGAUUUAUAGUUAAAUUAUAUUAAAUAAGAAUAAUUUAAUUAAGAUUUGUAAAGAUCAUAACUAAAUACACCAGACAAUUUAAAGGCAAAAAAUAGAGUCCAAAACUUAAUUUAAGAAAAAGAUAAUUAAAUCGGAAAUAUUAAAAGUAUUUUUUAGGAACUAAAACCGGGAUUAUAGGAUAUAUUAAAAGAAUUUGGAAAAACAGAAUUUAAUUUAAAUAAAAAAAUUGAAUAUGAAUAUGAAUAUGAAUAAGAUUUUGACCUAAAUGAAAACAAUAUUGAAGAAUAUUUAGCUGAUAUUGAAUAUUAUUCAAAUAUUUUAAUUGUUCAUAAAUCUGGAGAAAAUUAUAACGAAAAUAUUAUAAAAACAAAUAGGUAAGAAUAUUAUUCAUAAAAAAUUGAUAAAAAUUUAUCUACUCCUAAUUUAGAUGAUUUAGUUUAUAUUAAUAAUAAAGAUUUAUAUAGUCAUAAAAAAUUAUAAGAAUUAGCUUUGGAAGCUAUUGAGAAGAAAAAAUAAAUUGUUUAAACAUGA